AUGUCUCACCAAGAACUCCAGUCAAAUGUCCAUGAUCCCAGAUUCCGAGAAGCUAAGCAGCCACAGGGAGGCACGUCAGUCGCAGUCGCGGAUUUAUUUCGACUUGACGGGAGAACCAUAAUCGUAACCGGAGCAGCUGGCUUCAUGGGCACGACAUUGACAGAAGCCAUGCUCGAAAGUGGCGCAGACGUCGUCUGCCUCGAUGUCAUGAGCUCACCGAAGCAAGAAGAAUGGGCAAACCUCGAAGCAGCUGCAAAAAAGUACUCCCGCCUUGUCUCAUACUUACAGUGCGAUCAGCGGAGCGACGACUCAGUCAACGUCGCUUUUGAUAAAAUAGUCUCAAGCCUUAGAUACCCCAUUCGCGGUCUCGCAGCAUGCGCGGGCGUAUCUGACAAUGGGCCCGCGACAGAAUUUCCCUCUGAAUCAUUCACCCGCUUGCUUGAUAUCAACGUGACGGGGACAUUCCGGGUUGCGCAACGUGUCGCAAAGGAGACGAUAAAGGCUAAUUCCACGGCUAGUAUGGGCGUUGAUACCGCUGGAUAUAACUCGUCGAAGGCAGCAGUGCAUCAGCUUGCUCGGUCCUUGGCUGCUGAAUGGGGUUCUCGUGUUGGAAUACCCUUGAUUCGGGUGAACUCGCUUUCACCGGGUUAUAUUCGUACUGCAGCUACUGCCGAGCCGUUGCAGAAACCCGGUAUGGAGACACAGUGGGUUGGUGAUAAUAUGCUCUACAGACUUAGUACUGCGGAUGAGUUCCGUGCGCCUGUAUUGUUUUUGUUGGGUGAUGGGAGUAGCUUCAUGACGGGGUCUGAUUUGAGAGUUGACGGUGGGCAUUGUUCAUGGUAG